AUGUGGCCAGAGAGGAUUUACAUGUCUGAAGAAGGAGAGCAGAUUGAAGAGGUGAUCAGAAGAAAGAAAGAGAUGGAGUUGCAGCUGCGGUCAAGAAUCGAAAGAACCGUUCAAGCUCUAUUUUCAACAUCGUCGAAGCCAAGAGGCCAAAUUACUCUUGCUUUGUAUCUGCUUCUUGCAGUUUUUUCAUCCAAAAUUUCAUCAGAUGUCAACCGUCCUUUUGGAGACAAGUUUCAAGCUGCUCGUAAAGUAUCUGAAGAAGUUGGUGCUCAAAUAAUUUUGGGGGACCGGCCAAUUGAAAUAACUCUAGAAAGGGCAUGGAAUGCUCUGACUUGGACUGAAGUUGAGUUUAGUAAGCUCUGUUGUUCGUGGAAUAACAUCGAUUCUGGUGGAAAUGGUAGUUCUUUGAAGCUUUAUGAGAAGCUUAGUUUUUCUUAUUUGUCCCUCCUUCAACCUCUCGUUCAUGAACGAAAUACUUACCUUGUAUGGUCUCUGAAGCGUAGCAAGGCAGUGAACAAGAGCAAGGGCAUAUGA